GCAGGGGCCGGGGGUGGCGAGCGUCCCUCACCGGCGCCGUCUGCAGGCUUCCAUGAUGUUUGCCCCCUGCACCUGGCCAUGUGCAAGUUCCCUGCUGCUGAUCACACUGCUCUGCUGCAUCCUUUCUCCUCCAGCACAAGCCAGCAAGAGCUCAGAGGACAUUCGCUGCAAGUGCAUCUGCCCCCCGUACAGGAACAUCAGUGGGCACAUUUACAACAAGAAUGUGUUGCAGAAGGACUGCAACUGCCUGCACGUUGUGGAGCCCAUGCCAGUGCCAGGGAAUGAUGUGGAAGCUUACUGCCUGCUCUGCGAGUGCAAGUACGAGGAACGCAGCACCACCACCAUCAAGGUGAUCAUCAUCAUUUACCUGGCUGUGGUGGGGGCUCUGCUGCUGUACAUGGCUUUCCUGGUGCUGGUGGACCCUCUGCUCCGCAAGCCUGAUGCUUACACCCAGCCCCUGCACAAUGAGGAGGAAAAUGAGGAUGCCCCUGCCUUGGCUGCAGCCCCCAGCCCAGCUGGAGCUCGGGCCCACACGGUGCUGGGGCGGGUGGAGGGGGCGCAGCAGCGCUGGAAGCGUCAGGUGCAGGAGCAGAGGAGGACGGUGUUUGACCGACACAAGAUGCUGAGCUAGGUCUCUGGGCAGCUCUGCUGCUGGAGCUGGACACCCUCAGGACAUCCGUGGGGUUGGACUGACAGCUCGAGCCCUCUCUGAUCAAGGUCUUCCUGGAGAGGCACCCAAAUGCUCACCUCUGGUUUUGUCCCCUUGCCCUCUACCUCUCAGCCCAGAGGCUCCUCAACCCUUGCCCAGUGGGAUCCAUGCUGGCCACUGGCCCUGGGGUGGGCAGCACAGCUGCCAGGGUCAGGGGCUGGCUUUAGGAGGGGCUGCAGCCCCCCUGGUGCUGGGCUCAGCUGGACCCCCACCUCAAAGAAAGAGGUCUCAGUGCACUGUUGGAAACUGCCUGGGUCCUUCUCUUCUGGUAUAAAAAUAGUGGGAUCAUUUUUGUGGGGGAUAAAUUAUGUAGCACUCCUCCAGGAUGAAGCAGCCUCCUCCUCCUCCCCCAGUCUGCACUGCUGGUAACCAAGUGUUGUGGUCCCAAGACAAGUGCAUUGCCCUGGAAAAGGAGUAGAGGGCUCCCUGCCAGGGCUCAGCUGCUGCUUGCUUCUACCCUGGUGUAAACUGAGCGAGUUUCCACUCUUCAGUGGAGUCUGCUCAGGUUUACACCAGCAAAACCGAGACUGCAGCUGCGUCCUGUGCAGGUGAGUAUCACAGAACUGAUGAGAACACUCACAAGAGACCAACAGGUAAAAGGUUGGUUGACAUCUUUUCCUGCUUUAGCAGUGGAUAAAAGCAAACUGGGGGGAAAGCUUUCUGUCUGUACCCACCUAGGUGACCUUUGAUGCUCCCACCCUGCAGUCAGGGGCGUUUGUGUUCAAGAACUGGGCUUUUUCUGUAAACACUUCUCUGGGUCUUGGGGUCUUGAAAGGGGACACUUGUGCUCCUCAGAACACUCCAAGAGCUCUGGCUGUGUUUGGGCUGCAUGAAGGGAAACUGAAAUUAUUCUACAAUGUGUAUAUUGAUCCCACUGAGAACACUGAUAAUGCCAGGAAGAUGCUGGAGUUUAUCAUGUAGCAUCUCUGUAUUAAAUGCAGACAAA